UUGAGGUAUAUAUAUAUAUAUAUAUAUAUAUAUAAAUAGAGUCAUGGUGGUGGCAAGCUUAGAGUUAGAAGGAAGAGGAGUAGAUGAUCAGAUAAGUAAAAGUAGUAGUAUACCAGUAAUAGACUUAUUAUCAUCAUCAUGGAAAUUAGGAAGAAGAGAGCAAUUAGUGAGUAAAGAAAUAGUGAAGGCAAGUGAGAAGUAUGGAAUAUUCAAAGUGGUGAAUCAUGGAGUGGGAAUGGAUGUGGUUGAGAGAAUGGAGGAGAAAGGGAUGGAGUUCUUUAGUUUGCCAGAGAAUGAGAAGCAUAAAGCUGGACCUCCAAAUCCAGUUGGAUAUGGAGUUAGGAGUAUUGGCUUUAAUGGUGAUAUGGGUGAUUUGGAGUACCUUCUUCUCCAUACUAAUCCUUCUUCUCUUGCUCACAAAGCCAGAACCAUUUGCAAGUCCAAUCCAAAUUCCUUCAGCUAUGUGGUGAAUGAGUAUGUGGAGGAGGUGAGAGACCUGGCUUGCCAAAUCCUUGAUAUGCUGGCUCUAGGGUUAGGGUUAGAAAAUUACCAAGAAUUAAGCAGGUUGUUGAGAGACUCUGAGAAUGACUCUUUGUUAAGGCUUAACUACUAUCCUACUUCCUACAAUGCUCGAGUCCGGGUCGGAUUUGGUGAACACUCGGAUCCUCAGCUGCUCACUGUUCUUCGGUCAAAUAAUGUUUCUGGCUUACAAAUUGUUACCGACUCUUUCAAUGGUGAGACUUGGGUCUCUAUCCCUCCUGAUCCUACCGCAUUUUAUAUCAUCAUCGGUGAUGUCCUUCAGGCGAUAACAAAUGGAAGGUUGAAAAGUGUGAGACAUAGAGUGAUAACAAACCCUCAAAGUUCAAGACUCUCGAUGAUGUAUUUUGGAGCACCGCCUCUACAUGCAGUUAUCCGGCCAUUGCCAGAGAUGGUCUCGCCGGAAUGUCCCCGGAAAUACAGAGCAUUCACUUGGGGCGAGUUCAAGAAGGCAAUGUACUCGUUAAGACUUGGUUACAACCGGCUUGAUCUUUAUAGAUUGGAUCAUAAUGCACAAUGACAUCUUGUUGUUGUGAUUGAGACCUUUUAACACA